UUCACCCACGUUCUGUCUUACUUGCAUCCGAUGGGCAGUUCUCGGAAUACAUGAGUGGUGGAGUUGUGCGGCGGAUGUCCGCUCUCUCCACCUGCACACCUGGUUCUUCAGGGGGAAAAGACUGCCGAUCCCGCCGAUUCCUACUCUUUGCGACCAGCAUAAAAGGUGCGCCUCAUCGCUGCCAAACCCUGCUGUCAGGAACAACCUUUAGAGUUUUAAUUAUCAAAGUCAAAUUCCCUCCUUCUUUCAAUCCCAUUCACCAUGUCUCUUCGGUCUGCUCUCCUGCUCGCUACGGGCCUGUCCCUGGUUCAGGCUCGGCCUGCCACCAACACGCUGGCUGCGCGUGGCACCAUCGCCAGCGAUGAGAUUGUGGGAUUUAACCAGACUGUGCCGGAUGAUGCCACGGGUACCCUGUAUCUCAACUACCAACCCUACCUGUAUGUUGUCAACGGGUGUGUUCCGUUCCCCGCUGUCGACGAGGAGGGUGAUACCAACGCUGGACUCGCCCCUACUGGUGCCACGGAUGGCGACUGCAGCUCCUCCACCGGCCAAAUCUACGUCCGCAGCAACAUCUCCUCCACGGGUGACUACACCUACCCGACCGCCCUUCUCUACAGCUGGUACAUGCCCAAGGACGAGCCCUCCACCGGGCUCGGCCACCGCCACGACUGGGAGGGGGUGAUUAUCUACCUCUCCGACCCCACCGUCUACACCGCCGACAACAUUCUGGCCGUGUGUCCUUCGGCCCACGGCAAAUGGGACUGCUCCACCGACAGCUACUCGGUGGACGGUGUCAAGCCCCUCAUCAAGUACGAGAGUAUCUGGCCCCUCGACCACUCUUGUGGGUUGACCACUACCGUCGGUGGCACGCAGCCGCUCGUCGCCUGGGAGAGCCUGCCCUCUGCUGCGAGCACGGCGCUCAGUGAUACCGAUUUUGGCAGCGCUAUUGUGCCGUUCAAGGAUGCGACUUUUGAUGCGAACUUGGCGAAGGCUACUUACUAGUGGCUUGGUCUGGGUUGCUGUGGUGAAUGAAGUUGUGUGUCUGUCUAAUGGAGGAUGGAUUCCCGCUGUAUAGUCUUGUGUAAAUUUCGAAGGAAGAAGCCCAUAUAAGUAUAAUGAAAAGAGCUAUUGUAUCGGUG